UAUUUCGAACGAGCUGGCAGCGACUCUGGUAUCACUAUAUCUGGAAAUCGACUAUCCUUGGUGCCCCUUAUUCGAUGCUGAUUUAUUUUUGAACGACUGUAUGCAAGGGAAAACUCAUUUCUGCUCUGCCCUACUGGUCAAUUCCCUAUUAAGCUGGGCCUGCCAAUCCUACUCGAGCUUACAACCAGAAGCCGCAGGUUUUGUCGUUGCCUUCGAGUCGGCAGCUGAGAGAAUGUGGGCGGUGGAGAAAUUUAAUAAUACCCUUACUGCGGCGGCGGCGGCCCAGUUAUUAAAUAAUACAUCAGCAUCCCGAGGUCGUGAUGAUUUUGCGAGCCAAUGUUUGGAAGAAGGGAUCGAGAUGGGAAGGCGUAUGGGUCUCUUCGGGGUGGGUUCCGAGGACGCAUCGGCCUUGAUCUGGUUGGAUCAUCACCAAGAUUGGCUAAGGGCUGCAUGCCACACCUCGUGGGGUAUCUUUACAUGCGUCUGCAUGCGGUCCCUGCAUCUUCACAGGGCGGAGAUUGACAUACCUCCCCUUCUUCCUAUGCCAGGCGAGUACUUCGAGACCCACGGAUACGCCGAUUACAGUUAUUCGCACACGAGGACACACAUACCAACCAGAGUUGGCGGGGCCUUCAAGGCAAUGUGUAAAUUCAAUCUGAUUGUCCAUGGGAUUAUCUGGACAUAUUUUGGAAAAAGCGAUGAUGUUCCCGCUGCCCGAGCCACGAUGGAAUUUGCAGAAAAUACGUAUGAAAAGAUAUUGGAGUGGGCAAAAUCACUUCCUCUGGAACUGGCGCGGGGAAGACGUAACCGUCAUUCAAUUCUGAUGCUCCAUCUCUACUACCACUGUACGGUCAUGGAGUUAUUCUGGCCAUUCUUGCAGCAAUCCGGCAACCAGAUGAUCAAGGUUACCCACCUCACCCCCGGCACAGCUAUGCCGAAAGACAUUCACAAAGCCUCGGUAAACCAGCUUAAACGACUGGCACUUAUUUAUAGCCUCAACUUCAACAAGGCAUGCUCGUCAACUCCAUGGCAUAUCGCUCUCCUAUACCUAGCGAAUGCAAUGCUCUGUGAAACCAUGCGUUCCGGACAUUUGCGAGACACCGAGUGCUGGUUCUAUUUUAUGCUCUGCAUGACCUGUUAUGAAAAUAUGUAUGGCUCCUUCCAAGUGGUUGAAGUAACAAUGCUUGGGCUCUUGAGCAUGUCGUUACGGAACGGGUUUUUAUCUGCUCCCGAAGCAAAUACGGUGCUUAGCGACAUGAGAAGGAUAGGACAACGGUAUGACUCAAAAUUUACGGUUCAAGCGAGCUUCAUGGUUGAUCUCGAGCUGGCGAUGACAAAUCCGAGGGAGGCGCAGGUACAAACACUGGCAAAUGCUUUUCAUGAACUCGCGAUCUUUCGGGAGUUUACAACUGGCGAGCUCAGGUAAGCAAGAGCUCGAAACCUUGGAGAGAGAGCAAGAAGACUUAGCCCCCAUGAAGAUACCAAAUUCUCUAAUAUGAAGGGUUAGGAAGCGGGAUCACCACCCAUCGAUCAUAUCUCAAGGAGAUGCGCACUCGUGAAUAUUCUACGCGUAGUGUUCGCUAUACAACGCCUAAUAACUUUAGUUAAGCUGCCCGAGCAGCGGUGAAGGCUGUGACAAGAUAAACGCCGAUAUAUGUAAUGCGUUCGUGGGAGAGGGGGUGAGUGUAUCUGUGUGUGUGUGUGUGUGUGUGUGUGUGUGUGUGUGUGUGUGGAAGUGUAUAAUACGAAGUUCGUGGUCCCGAAACUGCAAGAUCCUAGUUCUUGUAGACAUGUCACCUUCACCCUUUCAUGUUACAUAGUAGAAACACCGAUACCAAAAUAUAUAAUCGGAUACGGCCAGCAUUUAAUAAAAUCAUAUAGUAAUUAGCAACGCUAACCUAACAGGUUAAGCAAUAAGCUGUUUACCUAAUCCCCAACCCUUGAGUAUGUAUACAUAAGUGAGGUGAGGGGAUUGUGAGAUUGCUUUACUGGAGUGUUAUGUAAUACAAGACAAUGAGUUGAGAUUUAUUAGUUUAAAGGCGACGCUGGCUUCGAGAAGUAAAUCUUCAUCUCAUCCUUUUAAAGACUAACAAUGAUAAAGGAAAACAAAGAAGAAGAAAAGGGAGAAAGCCAAGCUUUUAUAGUAC